CAUAGCGCUACCCGCGGACAACUUGCUCGACGGCAAAUGACUUCGCAGAAUUCGAUGGCAUAUUAAUUUGAGAAAACUGUUCGUUUGUGACUUGAACUUAAACAAACCAUGUUUACCAUAAGUUUCAUUUCUUUGGCGUUCUAAUCAUCCUUCGCCCCGUUAUACCUUUCCAAGUGAGUCGUUAUCUAACCGGUUAUCAUUUAUCACCAUUUUAAAGACUUGGCAGCCGAAGUCUGUGCUUUUAUUCAGUUUCAGUUGAAAACUGGGAAGCUCUCUAACUCUAUACCUCAAAAGUGUCUUAUUUGGAAACACUUCUCAGUGAAUAAAAAGAGUGAUGGAAGACCUGUUGAUUUCUCUUUGCGAAAACUCCACUUCAGAAACUGAUUGUGCCAGGCGAAUCCAAGAUUUGAUUAAACAAGGAGCUAAUGUGAACAGAAGAACUGUUGGAAGCCGAACACCACUAAUGAUUGUUUGCUGGAAAUACAGGAGAAACGAUGUUACUGAUAUUAUAAGAUUUCUAUUGAACCAUGGUGCGGACGUAAAUCUAACUGACGAUUUUGGAUGGAAUGCUUUGCACUUUGCUUGUCGAUAUAACUGCACGACACAGUUACCUUCCAUGAUCGAUACCUUAUUACGUAGUAAAAUCAACGUAAAUGCAACUACCAGAAACGAAUGGAAUUGCCUUCAUCAACUUUGCCAGUAUAAUUCUGCAGAGAAACUUUAUGGAGUGAUUUCGACCUUGAUAAAGCAUAAUAUUAAUAUUAAUGCUCAAACCAGUAAAGGUGACACUGCACUGCAUUUAGUUUGCCGUUACUGUCGAACGGUUGACUUUAACGCAAUCUUUGAACUGUUUAUCAAUGUUGGGGCUCGUGUAGACAUAGUCUCUUCUAAUGGGAAAACCUUGCUGCAUGUUUUAUGUAAAUACGCAAUUGAUUUGGACUUACAUGGCGUUGUGGAAAAAAUUUUGGACAAAUGUCAACCUAUGGUCGAUCGUCUUGAUUAUUAUGGUUCAACGGCAAUGGUUUACGCAGCCAGAUUAGGUUGUGUAAAAACUGUUAGUUUGCUUCUACCUUACACAAAAACAAGCAUCAUUGAUGUAUUCGGUCAAAAUGUUGUGGAUCAUUUAAACAAGGUCUUCUCUAAUUCCUUCCCGUUAUGCCUUUGUUGCCGACGAAUGGAAUCUUUUUUAUCUAAGGGAUUUCGUGACGAGCUGGAUAGGAAAAUCCCUUACCAUUCGCCCCGACGUGGUAUAGAUAGGAAUGCUUUAGAAGGCAUAAUACCUAGACGAAUCGACUAUGGGUUUACUAAUACCAAUCGAGAUGCUUUUAUUCAAUUACCUACUGGAAAAGCCUGGAGUAUCAUCAGAGACGCCUGGACUAAUGAUUCUGACUUGGAAAUAAAUCCGUUUCUAAGUUUUUUACGUGAACACACCCACCAGUUUUGCACUGGACGUCAUUGCCAAUGGUGCGCUGUUUCUGAGGUGGCUGAGCAGUUUGUGCGUCAACUGCUAGAUGCAGUAGCUGUAUUAGACAAUAGAUUUGAAGGUGAAAUAGUUCGGUAUGGAAGUUCUGCAGAAAACACAAAAAUUAUUUCGCCAGACGAAUUUGAUUUUAUGCUAGUGUUGAACCACUUCAAAGAAGCCGAAAAUGGUGGUACUGUUGAGUACGCAGGAAAGGAAUCAUCAGCUGUAUUUCAAACUGCAUCGGACAGCGGUGUUUCGUCGGCCAAAUUACUUUAUUACUUUUACAUGCUCAUGGCGCAUGCGGUGAACCAAACAAAUGAUUUGCACAUUUUAUUCCACAAUAUAAGCUUUUCAGAGACAUGCGUUACCCUAGAUUGCCUCUACAGAGGUAAGCCUUCUGUAGGAACAGAAAAUUCGUCUUUUAAAUUGAGCAUCGACAUCACAAUCGCAAUAAUUCGCUCGGCAAUUAAUGCCGUUGCACAACCUUUGCCAUCACCUUUGUAUUCCAGCAAGUCACCGGCAGUGAAAAAAGACCAAUUUUUGGUCCCACAUCGACAACUCUCUGGCAGCGAAAUUAGUGGCUGGAAACCAUCUUUCCCUAUUGCUGAAAAGGAUGCCUUUCGUCAUUUUGAUCCGAUAAUUACGCGCUGCUAUUGCCUUUUGAAGUUAUUAGUUUUACUCGUAGCCCAUACUGAUGAUAACAACACAUCUAGAAAAACAAAACCCUCGUCCUAUGCAAUUAAAACUUGUUUAUUUAAUUUCGUAAGCAAAAAUCAUGUUCACUGGGAGGAGCGGUACAUUGAUGUGUAUUGCAGAGCGAUUUGCAAUGAAUUCCUAGAAAAAAAAAUCAAAUUAAUUCUUAUUUUGAUCAUUCCUUACCGGUUUACACGAUUAAAAACGACAGUCGAGAUGUUAUGAUUAAAGUUAAAAAUCGCCUCGAGUCGAUUCGAAACUGCGCUUGCAACUCCUAUGGUUCUUCUUUACCCUGUAAAACAAUUUGCAUUUCUAAAUGUAAUUUUAUGUGAAUAUUUUCACUUGAGAAAGAUGAAUACACGUUAUUUAUCUCUUUAAAAUA